GUACACGCUGUCAGAAUGAGGGAGAUUUAGGCUGUUCACUUCUGCUGUAACUGAAUGUACUGUGGUUAUCGGCAGCAUUGGAAUACGCACAAUGACAUCCUCAGUAUCUCAGUCUCUGGAAUACCAGAGUUUCAGGAGCUCCAUUCCACAGAAGAAGAUAAUAGUUGACGAUGACAACAGCAAAGAGUGGACGCUGUAUGAUGCAGGACCAAAGAGCAUCAAGUGUCCACUCAUUUGUUUCCCCCCGGCCAGCGGCGGAGCAGACGUCUACUUCCGACAAAUACUGGGCCUGUCUGCAGCUGGAUUCCGGGUGAUAGGGGUGGAGUACCCGGUGUACUGGACCAUGAAGGAACUAUGUGAAGGCUUCAGAAAGUUAUGUGAUCAUCUGCAGCUAAAUAAAGUUCAUAUAUUUGGGGCUUCUCUCGGAGGCUUCCUGGCCCAGAAGUUUGCCGAGUUCACUCACCGCUCUCCCAGGGUGGCGUCCAUCAUUCUAUGCAACUCCUUCUACGACACGUCCAUCUUCCAGCAGACAAACUCUGCCCCUACAUUCUGGAUGAUGCCAGCGCUGUUUCUCAAGAAGAUGGUGAUGGGAAACUUUGAAAAAGGCGUUGUUGAUGCCGACAUCGCUGACUCUGUUGAUUUCCUGGUUGAAAAGUUGGACCAACUUAGCCAGCCCGAGUUGGCCUCGAGACUUACACUGAACUGCAUGAACUGCUACAUUGAACCACAGAAACUACGGGGAGUUGAGGUCACCAUCAUCGAUGUGUUUGAUGACUGUGCCUUAUCUCAUACUGUGAGAGAGGAGAUGUACAAAUGUUACCCAGAAGCUAAACGAGCCCACCUGAAGACUGGCGGCAACUUCCCUUACCUGAGUCGCAGUGCAGAGGUCAACGUCUUCAUACAGAUUCAUUUAAAGCAGUUUGACACUACCCAGUACCAUGCCAAAGAAAUCACAGCAGAGGAGCAGGAGAACUAUAACACCCGUGAUGCCAACGCCAACAUCAACGAACACAGUGAGACCCGCCUCUCUAUCACCAUGACAGGAGGGGGUGGUUGCUGCUGCCGGAGGCCCAACAAGAUUUCUCCAGCCCCGGGAACAGAAUCUGAAUACCAGCUUGUGGAAAUCAGACCCAAACGACAUUUAAGAAUCAGGCACAUCAAUCAUGUUCCCAGAGAUGAAAAAUUUCAAAAUGAAAUGGACACCUAUUUAAUGUACAGACGUCAGGGGUAUCCAUCCAGCCUUGUGACCAGUGGUCCUCUAACGGCACCUAAGAGGAGGGUUGUCUCCGAUAGGCCAGGUGGGCCGCAUAGCGACAUCCUGCCUAAUACAAUGAAUACUACUGAAACAGCUAUCACUGCCAGUAGUUUGUCACCAAUACAAAAUGGAAUUUCAGGGAUGCUGUCCAAAGAGUCAACAUUCUCGUGCAGUUCCCCUUUAAAUCAGAAUGCUGUAAGAUCUGCUUCAAGUGUCAUGGUUGCUGUGGACAAGAAGCAACCCUAUCAGGGAGUCAAUCAUCAUCCAUUAUCUGAAGAGGUGACAAAGCCAGACACUCUAGACAUACCUGCUGUGGAAAAUGAGCAAAAAUCCAAAGACGUCAAGGACAAAACCACCAGCAAUGAUUGUGUGCUGUUCUUCAUACAUGGUGUAGGGGGGUCCAGCGAUAUAUGGAUGCCUCAGCUGGAGUAUUUUGCUAAUGAGGGCUACGAGAUCAUUGCUCCUGACCUCAUUGGUCAUGGGUUCAGUUCCACUCCAAACAAUGCAAGGGCGUAUCACUUUGAUGAAAUCAUGGCCGACAUGGAAGAAAUGUUUGAUAAAUACUGCAAGAGGAAGAAUAUUGUUAUUGGUCAUUCAUAUGGAUGUUCGUUUGCAGCUGUACUUGGUCGGAAACGGUCGCGCCGUGUGGCCAAGCUUGUGCUGAUCAGUGGCGGGGGGCCCACCCCUCUCAACCCCCAGCCCGGCAUCUUCUCCCUCCCUGUGUGUAUGCUGUGCUGUGUCAGACCAUGUGUAGAGUGCACCUUUAAAAAGAGUGCAUUCGCAUCCACCAGGAGGCCAGUCCUGUCACCAGAGGAAGCAUUUGCAAUCCCCACAUAUGUCUUACGCCACACAAUGAAUGGCCAGAUCUGGCCGGAUGGAGAUGAGCUGUUCCACAACUGGCUGAUGUGCCCCACACUCCUCAUCUACGGCCUCAAGGACCAGCUGGUGUCCCUGCGUGAGGAGAAGGACAUGGAGGAGGCCAUCUACCAGUCCAGGCUGGAGGUGAUUGAGGACGCCAGCCACAUGGUGAUGAUAGAGGCUCCAUCUGAAGUCAAUCAGUUCAUUAAGGAUUUCCUCCAUCAGUCAUCCCAGUUUGUGGAGGAAAGCAGCCCAGGUCGAGAGCAACAGGCCAUCAGUCGAAUGUCUCAGCGGUCCACCAAGUCUGCAAGGUCAUCUCGAGGUGGCCAACAGAGCAAGGUCAUGAGAUGAUGAUGCACAGCUUCUCUGAGUCGAGACUAGUAAAUUCAAGAGGUUGCCAAAUGAGUGUUGUUAAGGUAUACCAUCCAUGUUUGUCAUAUCCCAAAAUGUGAGGCUUCUUUUAUAUUUGUUUCUAUGAUUUGAUAAUGCAAGAAUCACUGACUGUUGUUGUCUCUGAAUAUUGUUUCUUGUUUCAUUACUUCAUAGGCUGUUAUUUCCAAGUUUUCAGAAUAUUUGUUUUGUUUGAUAUUUGCAAACAAAUAUCUAAAUAUGAAAUUUAUUAUCCUAUUCUUUGUGAAUUAAGAUAUGGGUCAUUCAAAACAUCCUGACUUGACUAUAAGAUAAAAAUGUAUUCUUCAGAAUAGAUUGCCACAAGAAUCUGUCUCUCAACAUUAUGAACAUAAACAUGUUCAAACAACCUGCAGUUUAGGAAGGCUCCAUAGCAGUGUGUGACAUGUAUUCAUUGCAUUUUUGGUAUGAAGGAAAUAUAGCUGUAUGGAGCUUAGGGUAAAAUUUGUGUACACAUUAAAGAUUGAUUUCAUGAUUAUAAGUGUGCUUCAAGCCUGAGUAUAUGUGUGUUAAGAUUUAACAUAUUUUGCGGUCGCGCAAUGCUAUGUGUGUUAAACCCACUCGGUCGCACAAUGCUAUGUGUUAAACCCACUUGGUCGCACAAUGCUAUGUGUGUUAAACCCACUUCUUGGUCGUGCAAUGGUAUGUGUGUUAAACCCACUUGGUCACACAAUGUUAUGUGUGUUAAACCGACAUGGUCGCAUAAUGCUAUGUGUGUUAAACCCACUUGGUCGCGCAAUGCUAUGUGUGUUAAGGGUACAUAUUUGUUUAGACGAUAUGUCUUUAUUACUGUUUGAUUCUAUGUUAUUAUCUGUGUGAGUGUUGAGAGUAUGUUUCCAUGUGACACUUCAUCAGUAUCUGUAGAUGCUAUCAGUACCCUCGUUGUGAGACCAGCCAUUGUAGAUCAUCAACAGCACAGGGUCUGAACUCGAUUUGCACUGUCAGAUAUCACAACAGCCGUAACAAAUGUUAUCAAAUUCUUCAAACGCAACAUUGCACAUUCAUGACAUCCACAACAGAUGAUGCAUUCCUUCAAAAGAAAGAGUUGCAACAAACAUGUAAAACAGGAUAACAUUUCCUAAACACAUAGAAAAAACCACAUGAUUCUAGAUCCUUCUCUUGCACAAAACCAACAGUGUACCUGAUGAAGACCUGGAGCACGAAAGCUUGAGACUAUAUACAUGAAUGUAUUUAUUUUAAUUCCCCUAUGGGAAUGGACACAAAAGAAGAUUUAAACAAUUUGGGCCUUUGUUCUUUUCAAAAUAUCAUAACUGUUAGUCAUAGUGUAUAAUUUCAAAUUAGUAAUCUGACAUUUGUUACUUUCAUUGCAUCUUCUAAUUGCGAUGAUGUUGAUCUAGUGUGAACUGUAACCACUGGUUAUGACUGCUUUGACGUGGUAAACAUAGCAGGGGAGUACCUUGACUGGGUCUCCCACUCCUCACAUGCUGCUGGGUGGGAGAUAUAUAAUAGAUUGUGUUUACACAACUAAAAUAGCCAGGGUAAGGACAUUUGUACUUAACUGCUUAAGAUAAUCUGAUUUCUUUUCCUUUAUGAAUAUGUUCGUAUGAGCAUAUGUUACAUCCUGGUGUACAUUAUAUUACAAUUCAAAUGUUUAUAUCUACUGCAUAAUUUGCUGAAGCGAUAUUGCCAAUUAAUCAGGAUGUUGCUUUCUAAUUUAUGCAUCAUUGCAUUCACCUAUAUUAUAAAAUCCGUCAGGUAUGUGUGUGUAAAUAUAUAGGUACAUAUAUUUAUUAAUCCAUUAAAAUAUGUUUUCAAGUUCAUCCUUAUAUACCAUGGCUACUGAUAUAAAGUAAAAGUUUGAAACAAUCUCAUUAAAGUCGCAGUCAAAUAGGGUAAACUUUCUAAUUAGCCAGUUGGUGUUAAGGCUUCAAACUUCUCCGUACGAGUGUCAGUCAGACCUGCAUAUAUGAUUUCUGUAUAACAAAAACAAACUUAAGUGGCCAGUUCUGAAUGUAAAUAAUAAAAAUGGGAAGUAGUGAAGAAACAAAAUAUUGUUGAAGAUAUUUUAUUCACCCUGUCGUCUCUGGACACCCAAAACCUGUGAUCUGUGUGGGUUUCUUGUAUUAAUUCCUGGACUCAAGGUGGUAAAGAAAUGAAGCCAUCAAAGCAGACAGCUGAUUGGCUCUAAAACUCAUGCAUCCUUCAUUGCGAUUGGCUGGUCAAAGUAUGUCAGUGUUGACCUGGCACAACCUUCUUCUUAGUUAUAUAUUUUUUCCACCUAAAAUAUCAGGUCUUUUUACCAAAAAAAAAAUCACAUCAUUGCAGUUAACAGCAAUGGAAUGACUUCAUGUUUUUCUUAAGACUCUGAAGAAUGAUGUCUACCAAUUUAAGAACUUGUUGGAAAAAGUGUAAAAAAAUAUUUUACAAUUUGUUUGGUCAGGACAUUAUAUCUGUGAUUUUUCUGUUUCUUGACAGACUACUUGCCUAAAGACAGCUGAUAUGUCAUUUGUUCUACCUGGGGGCAUCUAUGCCUUCUCCCAUACCAUACUAAGAAUUAGGAUUCUUGAUGCCCUUCUGAAAACAUGUGUACGUGUGUUUCAAUACAUGUUUGUUUUAAUGUAUUAUUUUGUAACAUAUGUGACACAAAGUGCUAUGACAUUUUAAGAUCUCUAAUCAUUGUUAAUGGUUAUAUUUGUAACUGUGUGUGACAUGUUAUUGUUGAAUAUGUUACAUAUUAUUCACAUACCUGUAGUAUUGCUUCAGUGGUUUUUGACAUUGUCUCACUUAUAAUUAUGAAUAUCAACCCAUUUUUUUCACAAUCUUAGUUUUCAGCAUUUUCAAAACCUUUGGUUUUUAUGACGUCUUAAUGUUUUCUUUUUUUUUUAAAGAGUUGAUCAGUACUGUAUUUAGAUUUUUUCGUUCAUCCGAUCAUUGUCAAAGAAUGUUUCAAGUCCGUACUGCGACAAUUUAAAAAAGAAUUGUGCACUUUUGCCUUUUAUUUCUCAUUCUGCAUUCGUGUUGCUGUGAUUGCAAAGAAAUAGCCCUUCAGAGGCUAGUACGGGAAUAUUUAUUGUCAAUUUUAUCCCACAUUCCCUGCUGUAGUCUCCUCAGUAUGUAACAUGCAAGCUUGUUCCCAUGUCAGUCUUUGCUUAGAGCAAGCUUAACUUAUUUAUCAAUGUGUGGAGACACAGAGAGAUUAUUGGUGAUGGUAUUCCUUGACAGUGUUCCGAUGCCUGCAUUUCACUUUUACAACUUUCAUUAUUUUUCCAUUUGUUGACUAGAAGCUUGGCUAAUCACCCAGACACUGGUAUCCUAUCUUAUAAUUCUUGUAUAUCAGUUACAACCUUUGUAACAAGACUUGUAUAUCAAUCUAUUGAGGCCAAAUAUGUGCAGGGAUCAUACCUUACCUCAACACAAACCAAAAUGUAAUAACUUAUUUUUUAUUAGUGACAAAUGCUGAUGCAAAAUCUUCAGUAGAAACUGUUUUUCAUAAUUUUUAUGUGCUUUCAUUCCAUUAACAUUGUAAAAGACUGCUGUAUGACCCAGGGGUAGAUGAAGCGACCUGAUCAUAUCAACAGGGUUUUACCAUAUGUAACGUUUUGUGUCCCUAUGAUACUUAUUGUGAAUGGAUGUAAAUAGUUUACAUUGCAAGACAUUGGGGACACCAAAACAUCUGACUUUUGAAUGAUGAAAACUUAUCACAUUUAUAGAUUACACGAUAUUGCUGAGUGUCCCUUGGAUUUUGAAAAUAGAUAUAUUAUGGUACUCUGUUGUGAAACAAACAUUAUAUAAACAAAUGCAGGUACUGUCAGUGUAUUUCAUGUACCAUAGGUGCUAUAACAAUCAUGAAAAAUUUGAAAGAAAUGAUACAGUUGCAGAAACAAUAUGACAAAUGUCCAGAUCCCAUCCCUCUACCAAAGAUGUGACAUGACACAUGAACUGUGUCUUGUAUGUAUGGAGAUAAUAGCAGAUGCAUGGAAAACAUAUCUCCUCAUUAUUCACAAUUCAUGUCUUGUCAUCAUGGUGUUUCUAUUUCACCUAUCUCCUGUUGUGUCUCUCUACUGUUUACUGUUGAAAGGUGAGAAUAUAGGUCCCCCACCAACCUCAUCUUCCUGAGGCAAGGGAAUUAACUGACCAUAAAAGUCCAGUGGAAGAUGCACCAACCUAUGCAUGUCGUAACAGGCGAAUAAAUGGAACGGGUGGCCAGACUCUGAGACUUGGUUGAUUGCAUGUCAUUCUAUCCCAAUUCCGUGAAUCGAUAUACAUGAUGUUAAUUCCUGGAUUGACUGGUCCAGACUUGAUUAUUUACAGAACUCUGUUAUAUGGCUGGAGUAGGUAUAUGUGAGCGUGUCAUUAAACAACAAACAAACUGUACUACAUGUAUUUACAGUACAGUUGAAAGAAAAUCAAAAUAAUUGUUGUCUGACUUUUUUGUUUGAGGAUGAAAUCUCCAGUAAAGCGGCCAAGGUUGAUAAAUUAAAUCUUUUUUGCAUGUGAAUCUUUUAUUUUAUCACUUGGACGUCUGCUUAUUUUGUUAAUGUUUUGUAAGUGUAUAUUAAUUAUUGCAACCCAUUUAAAAGGGCACAUGUACCUUUAUUGGCA